GUGAUGUGAGACACUAGGAAUCUCAGCUGCUUGACCUUGCGCAUCCUCAGUACAGGCAACUGGCGGGCACGAUCAUCGCUUGCAACAAGCUGUAGUAGUAGUGUGACGUCGCCGCUGCUAACAGCUCCUAGCCGGAAGCCGCAUCCGCGCGGCAACAAGCAACAAGCAGAUCCACGCUCUCCGGUGCGACCAUGAUCGUCCGACGGACGCUGCUCCUCGCGAGCCUCACGACACUCGUGCAGAGCUACGUCGUGCCGCACUCGAGGAUAACGCCCGUCAAGUACCGCGCCGCCACCGAGGAAGAGACGGCGCCGAAGCCCGACGAAAUUGUGUUAGGAGCGCCCUUUGAUGUGGCGGAGUACCCCAUCAAUACCGAUGAGUUCGUCAACGCCUACAAGAAGUGGCAGGCGUCCAAGAACAACGAAAUCAAUGGCGACGACGCCAGGAGAGACAUCCAGGCCUUCAUGACGCAGGAAGACCUCAUGGAGAAGUGGCGGCCCAUCCUCCAGGCCGAGGCCGAGGAGGCGAACAAGAUGACGUUGGUGGAUUAUGUCAACGCCUUCACGUCCGUCGCGUUGCCUUUGGCCGUCGGCUUCACGCUGCUGCCGCUCAUCCGCAGAUUGGGAGAGGGCAACGUUAUUGGGGAUGUCAUCUUCCCGAAGAUCGACCAGGCCGGUGACUUGCUGAAGGGCGGCGUGAAGAAGGCGAUCGAAUUGCCGAUCUGCCUCGAGUUCGGGGACUGCUAGGGGCUGGGUAAGGGUCGCUCGUCGGUCUGUCGCGUCGACGGCGUCGGGGGGC